UCUUUUGAGUGCAAAAAAAGGAAGGAAUGAAUUCCGCGUAGUAGUGGUAGAAGAAAAGAACACACAGCCAGUGAAGUCGAGAGAGACUCAAUCGGAGAAGAAAGAUGCUGCAGAGCAAAUCGUUCGUGAGGAAAACGAAGCAGGGAAAAGUAGUAAAGGUCGUUAGAGAGCAUUAUCUUCGAGAUGAUAUCUACUGCGGAGCGUCGAUUUGCAAAGUGUGCGAUUCUUCAACUGCUCGGUUGAGUCCGUCGGCCUCCACUAUUCUCAUUCUCGACACUAAUGUCGUUCUCAAUCAGAUUGAUUUGCUGGAGAAUCCGGCGAUUGAUGACGUCGUGGUGCUGUCUGUGGUGCUGGAAGAAGUUAAGAACAAGAAUAUUUCUGUUUACAACAGACUUAGAACCCUUUGCAACAACUCUAUGAGGAAAUUCUUUGUUUUCUCAAACGAAUAUCACAAGGAUACAUAUGUUAAGCAGAUGGCUGGGGAAAGUCCAAAUGAUCGAAAUGAUAGAGCAAUUCGAGUGGCAACUCAAUGGUAUCAGAGUCAUCUUGGUGCUGCGGCUCGGGUUUUGCUUAUAACGAAUGACAGAGAAAAUAAGAGGAAGGCUACUGAAGAGGGAAUUUCUGCGGAGACAGUUGAGUCAUAUGUGAAAGCACUGGGGCAACCAGGUUUGCUUGACCUGCUUGUGCAACCUGCCCCUGAAGAUGUAGGCAUGGAGGAAGUGGAAGAUCUGAGACCUUCAAAGAGGAAAGUUAUCUAUAGUGAGCAUAAGCCCAUGUCUGAGAUUACUUCUGGUUUGCAUCGUGGAAUCUACCAUCAAGGAAAACUACGGGUUAAUCGCUACAAUCCUUUUGAAGCAUAUGUUGGAAGUGAGAGCAUUGGUGAUGAAAUAAUUAUCUAUGGUCGUGGAAACAUGAAUAGGGCUUUUGAUGGUGAUGUAGUAGCAGUGGAACUUUUGCCUCAAGAUCAAUGGCAAGAGGAGAAGUCUUUAUCUAUAGCAGAUGAAGAGGACGAGGAGGAAGAAGAUGUCCAUCUUGUUCCAAGCAGUGCUGAUGAUGCCCCUAGAAAUACAGAUCUAGCACAGGGUUCAGUUGGAGGCACAAAAGUUGUUUUGUGCCGUCCAUCUGGGCGUGUUGUUGGUAUUAUAAAGCGGAAUUGGCACUCUUAUUGUGGAUCUUUGGAGCCAAUGCCUAUGCCUGCAGGCAAUGGUGGUAUUGCCCAUGCUUUAUUUGUCUCCAAAGAUCGCAGAAUUCCAAAGAUCCGGAUUCAAACUCGACAGCUUGGGAACCUUCUGGACAAGAGAAUUAUUGUGGCAGUUGAUUCAUGGGAUUGUCUAUCACGAUAUCCUUCUGGUCAUUAUGUGCGUACUAUAGGAGAAAUAGGUGAUAGAGAUACUGAAAGUGAGGUGGUGUUGAUAGAGAAUGAUAUAAACUCGAGACCAUUUUCAUUGCAAGUUUUGGCAUGCUUGCCACCAUUACCAUGGUCAGUGUCUUCUGAAGACCUGGCAAAUCCAUGUAGGCUGGAUUUGCGGCAUGUGUGUGUUUUUAGCGUUGAUCCUCCAGGAUGCAAAGAUAUAGACGAUGCACUGCAUUGUACAACUCUUCCGAAUGGAAAUUUUGAAGUGGGAGUUCACAUUGCUGAUGUAACAAAUUUUGUUCACCCUGGCACUCCCCUUGAUGAUGAGGCUGCGCAAAGGGGCACAUCUGUCUACCUUGUUGAGCGCAGAAUUGACAUGCUUCCUAAACCUUUAACGGAAGAUAUAUGUUCUCUUCGGUCUGAUGUGGAAAGGCUAGCUUUCUCUGUUAUUUGGGAGAUGACACCUCAAGCAGAGAUUAUUUCUACAAAAUAUACAAAAAGUAUCAUUAAAUCUUGUGCAGCAUUGUCUUAUAUUGAAGCUCAAGCUAGGAUGGAUGAUAGUCGCUUGAUGGAUCCAUUAACUAUGGAUUUGCGAAAUAUGAAUGCUUUGGCAAAGGUCAUGAGGCUUAGGCGUAUUGAGAGAGGAGCCCUAACUCUAGCUUCUGCAGAAGUCAAAUUUCAAAUUGAUACUGAAACUCAUGAUCCUCUUGAUAUUGGAAUGUACCAAAUUCGUGAAGCAAACCAAAUGGUUGAGGAGUUUAUGCUUGCUGCUAAUGUUUCAGUUGCAGAAAAAAUCCUAAAGCAUUUUCCGCUUUGUUCAUUAUUAAGGCGCCAUCCUAGUCCAACCAGAGAAAUGCUUGAACCUUUGCUGCGUACAGCUGCAGCUGUGGGUCUCAAUUUGGAUGUUUCAUCAUCAAAAGCACUGGCUGAUUCACUUGAUCAUGCUGUGGGUGAUGAUCCAUACUUCAAUAAGCUUAUUCGAAUACUAGCGACUAGAUGCAUGACACAGGCAGUUUACUUCUGUAGUGGGGAUCUUAGUCCCCCAGAAUUCCAUCAUUAUGGGCUUGCAGCACCUCUCUAUACUCAUUUCACCUCUCCUAUAAGGAGAUAUGCAGAUGUCAUUGUACACAGGCUACUUGCUGCAUCUUUAGGGUUAUACAAACUUCCGACAAUAUUCCAAGACAAUGCCCAACUCACUAGUACUGCAGACAAUUUGAAUUAUCGGCAUAGAAAUGCCCAGAUGGCAGGCCGGGCCUCAGUAGAGCUGCAUACUCUAAUCUAUUUCAGGAAACGGCCGACAGACACAGAGGCCAGAAUAGUGAAGAUAAGAUCCAAUGGCUUUAUUGUAUUUGUGCCCAAGUAUGGAAUAGAAGGGCCCGUGUACCUUACACCGAGAGGUGAAAAGGGAGGUGGUGAGUGGGUGGUAGACGAGCAGCAGCAGAAGGUAAAGAAGACGGACGGUAGCAUUUCCUACAGUGUUCUGCAAACAGUAAUGAUUCACAUGGAGGUUGUGGAGCCCCAGCCAAACCGGCCCAAGCUCGAACUUGCCCUUAUCUGCAGAUGAUAUGUAAGUAAACCAGUUUUCAAUAUUUUAUAGAGAUGAUCAAUGAAUAGAAUGCAUUGUGGAACAGUUUAUUCUGUACAAUUAGCAUGGGAUGAGGGCUGAAAUAUUGUAAUUUCUAUUUAACUUAAUUCUUUUUUCACCAAGGUUUUAAUAAAUUUUUUUAGUUAUUUUGUUUUAAAA